AUGUCUACGUCCAGUUGCCGUUUUUACGAGAACAAAUACCCCGAAGUGGAUGAUGUGGUGAUGGUCAACGUGCAGCAAAUCGCCGAAAUGGGUGCGUACGUCAAACUACUGGAAUAUGACAACAUCGAAGGUAUGGUACUGCUGAGUGAACUUUCUAGAAGACGUAUCAGAUCGAUCCAGAAACUGAUCCGUGUGGGCAGAAAUGAGGUUGUGGUUGUGCUGCGUGUAGACAAGGAAAAAGGUUACAUCGAUUUGUCCAAACGUCGUGUUUCGUCUGAAGACAUCAUUAAGUGUGAAGAACGCUACCAAAAAUCCAAAGCCGUCCAUUCGAUCGUCAGACACUGCGCUGAGAAAUUCAACUUCCCUGUGGAGCAGCUCUACAAGACCGUGGCCUGGCCCUUGAGUCGAAAGUACGGCCAUGCUUACGAUGCCUUCAAGUUGUCUAUCGUUGACGAAACAGUGUUCGAAGGCCUCGAACCUCCCAGCCCAGAGAUCUUCCAGGAACUACGUUUGUACAUUUCCCGCAGACUAACCCCACAGGCCGUCAAGAUCCGCGCUGACAUCGAAGUGUCGUGCUUCAGCUACGAGGGUAUUGAUGCCAUCAAAUCGGCCCUUCGCGCCGCGGAGGACCUAUCCACUGACCAGAUGCAAAUCCGCGUCAAACUGGUUGCUGCCCCACUGUACGUGUUGACCACACAGGCCCUUGAAAAACAGCAGGGUAUCGAGCUACUUGAGCAAGCCAUUGCCAAGAUUACAGAAGUGAUUUCCGCUAACGACGGUUUCUGCAACACCACCAUGGCUCCCAAAGCUGUCACAGCUACGGAAGAUGCCGAGCUACAGGCCCUAUUGGAAAACAAGGCUCUCGAGGACAACUCCGAUUCUGAGGAAGACGAGUCUGACCACGAGUAG